AUGUCGGAGAACGGAACCCAGCAGCAGCAACAGCCCAAGGAGCAGCAGCCUAAGGAGCAGCAGUCCAAGGACUCGAAGCCCCACUACCCUUCCUCGCCCCUCGACAAUGGCACCAACAUCGGCAGUGCGUUUGGGCGCAAGGCGUCGAUCUCGGGUGGUCAACCGUUCGCCCUCGAGCGCCGCCCCAGCACCGGCUCCGACCGCCGCAGCAGCAACAGCUCGUCCCGCCGCCCCUCCUUCGGUGCGCCCCUCCACGGCCUGACCUCGAUGACCGCCGUCGACAGCCCUCCCGCCAGCGCGGCGCUCUCGCGUUCGCCCUCUGGCCGCAGCUCCCGCGCCUCCUCCCGUCGUGGUAGCGGCACCGUCGUCACCGUCACUGGCCAGCAGGUCGUCUUCCACACCAGGACUCAGUUCCCCCACGCCGAGAAGCCGACCCUCAGCGACCACCUGAGGAAGUACGAAUCGCUGUUCACCGGUGAGCUUUUCCGCAACGAAUUCCAGCUGAUACCAGUUACACCGCAGCGCAUGCGCAUGAUCGUCACCGCCUUUGAGGACACUCUCGACCUUGGUCUCGAGAAGAAGGGCCAGGUUGUUCCUAUGAUCCCCACCUUCGUCUUCGGCUGGCCCACCGGUCACGAGAAGGGCGAGUUUCUCGCCGUCGACCUUGGAGGCACCAACCUGCGUGUGUGUCUCGUCACCCUUGAGGGCGAGGGCAAGUUCGAGGUCACCCAGACCAAGUACAAGCUCACUGAGGAGCAGAAGCAGGAGGACGGCCAGGCUCUGUGA